AUGUGCCUCCCCCAGUUACGUGACGAUACACUGGAUACAGAUUUGCUAACAACUGACACUGUACAAGAAACUUCGACAACCCCGUACAGCAUGGAUUAUUCUCAUAAUAAAGUCCAGCUCACGGUAUUUUACGAGACGCAUUGCCCAUUUUCAGUAGAUUUCUUCGUCGAGCAAUUAAAGCCCGCUGUGUUAAAGUUAGGCUCACAUUUGGAGUUGUACACUGUACCCUAUGGACUUGCUGAGACCAAUGAUGGCAUCGGCGAUAAUACCAUUAGCUGCCAUCAUGGCCCCAGUGAGUGCCACGGUAACAUGGUACACGCCUGUGUGCUCAACCACGUUAAAAACAAAACUCUAGCCGUUCUCUAUAACUGCUGUCUUAUGUCCACUACUAACGAUUACACUAAUACUGACAUCACGCAGUGUGGGCUGGCUGAAAAGGUUCCAGUAUUAACUAUUACUAAUAUAAUAAAAUGUGUCAACGGCACUAGUGGCUCGUUGCUACUGAAGUCAUACGGCGAAGUGACCAAGUCGAAUAGAAUAUUUUACGUACCUCAUUUAGUUUUCGAUCAAUCUUCGGUAUAUGAGGACAGCGGUAGGACUGACUUAAUUGGAACAGUCUGUGGCAUGCUCUACCCAAGGCCAGAUGAAUGCCCUAAAAACACUAAGGAUUAUUAUUAUUGA